AUGUCAAUAUUUCGUGGUUCAACAUAUACUGUUCGCAUUCCCCAACACACAACCAAUACUAAUAUUGCAACCACGUAUGUUGAUGUGGGAUUUGCGGAUGAUAUUCUUCCCUCUGAUGUGCUUGACUGCAUCCAUGCCUACAUGGAUAUCUCACCCGAGGACAGUAAACUUGGUUGGCGACUGUCGACGGACCGUCGCUCAGAUCUACCAGCUCGUUUGAAGACAUCAUUCGACCUCAAAAAUGCCUUCCAAUCACCAAGAGCAAAGCGCUACUCGGGUAAGAAGGAGAAAGACGUGAAGAUAGAGAUAUCCAACCUUAAAUCUAUCUCGAAAAAGAUUGCCAGCGCCCAGCAGGGCGAAAACAGCGGUCUCUCCAAUGCUUCAGUUCAGCCAGUCACCCCGCCAAGUCCAGUAGUUCACAACCACAUCCAUUUGAGGGACGAGACAGGCAAUCACAAUCGAGCACUGCAUGCUAGGAUCAAACAUCCACUUAGCAUGUACCUCGAGACAGAUGAUGAAUCAGAUGAUGAGCCGCAACUCCCCAUUUGCGACGUCCUUGAUAUCAUCGACGGUCUCUUUCCCUUGAUAGGCUUCCAUCAAUAUUCGGGCGCUUUACGCCACCAAGGCAUUGCAUAUCUAGCCGCUGCAGUCAAUUUUGACUGUGAUUUUUACAUCAGUGAUAUUGGAAUGUCGAGGGGGGCUGCAACGCUGUUUUGCGAGCAGGUCAACAAAAUGAAGAUGAAGAAUGAUCGAGCUGUGGCAAGGCGGAAGGCAAAGGGUAAGAAACGUGCUCGUAUUUCUCAUGACGACCGAGGCGAAGAGGAUCAUUCCUCUUAA